CCACGCCGCUCAGGAGUCGCGUGUGCUUCACAGCAGCCGGGGUCUCGCUGGCUGGCUCGAUGCGGGCCGAGCAAGAGAGCAGAUCGCGAAGCGAACAGGAAUAACCGGAGGGGCCAGGCUGCUUGACGCGAGGAACGGCGAGGGGAGAGAGGCGCUCUCGUGUUCCCUGCAUCUCCACUGGCGCCUCCUGCACCGCUGGUGCCGGGGUCUUCUCACCUGCGCCUCCCCGCAGCUCACCGCUCACCGCUGCGACUGCCAGUCUCCCUCUAGCUCUCUCUGCGUGCUGCCUCUGUGCAUCGCUUAACCACUCUGCUCAUCCCCUGCAGCUCCCUGUUCAUCCCUGACCGUCCAGUUCCCCCCGCAACCACCCCCCACCCCUGCCCAUCACCGUGCCUCCGUCAAUCUCCUAGCGGACCUUCUGCUCAACCCCCCCCCCCCUCUGCUUCAAGACACGGAGGCGGGAGCCUCCUCUGCAGGGCGCCGGGGCAUGAAGGACACGAGCUGAUGGGCCCCGGAGUGGCCGUGUGGAGCAGUAACCACCCGCUGCUGCUGCUGCUGCCGCCGCUGCUGCUGCUGCUGUUGCUGCUCCGCCAGAGGAUGUGUUGUCUGUGCGUCUCCGUUGUGCCACUGGGAGCCAUCGCCUCCACCGCGCUGUCAGGAGGAUCUCUCUGUCCGCGACCCCCCUGGUGCUGGGAUUCGGAGCUCAACUGCACUGCGCGACCAGGAGCCUGCGACUCACCUUUACCUGCGUGGCGAGCUCCCGCCUCCCCCCGGGACCUCCUCGUCUCCUCCUCGUUCCACGAGGGCCGCCUCCUCCUCAACAUCAGCUGGGCCGUGAGCCCCGACGCGAGCACCCUCGUGCUGCAGGGCUGGCGCGUGGAGCUGGUGUUCACCGACCUGCACAGGGAGUGCACCCUGCUGCUGCUGCGCCACCCCGUGCCCACCCCGCGCCACCCCCGGGGCCACAAGUGGCGAGUGCAGGCGUGCGCGUGCGUGUCGCCCGGCGAGGCGGUGCUCGUGAACGUGUACAGCCUCCCGGGGGGCAGCGAAGCGGCGUCCGUGUUCUACACUGCUCCCGGUUGCCAUGAAGAGGAGGUAGCCAGGGGCGCCACGUGGAGCUGCCACGGUGAGACGGAGCUGCAGGUGGGAGUCCUCCCCGUGGGGGACCAGGGGCUGAACGUGAGCUUCGCACGUGGGCCUCGCCCGAUGGGAGUGGUGGCGCCACGGCGAGGGCGCUGGGUGGUGCGCGCGUGCCAGCGGAGUGCCACGGGGGGCGCCUGCUCCUGGGAGCUGGAGCAGCUCAGCGUGGAGGAGGGGGAGGAGGGGGAGGAGGGGGGUGCCGUGCUCACACAAGUGCCCAGGCUGCCCUGCGUGUGUGUGCAGGUGUUCUUACUGGCACACGCCCAGGAGCGAGUGCAGGUGUGCCCCUUCAUGGACACCGCCCUGCAGCUGCGGGUGUGGCUGUCGGGGCCAGAGGGGGGCGCGCUGCACGCGCGCGUGGCCGUGGAGCCGGGCGGCUGCGCGCUGCUCGUGCUCGCGUCGCUCUACGCGCGCGGCACGCAGGAGGAGGGCAACGCGCGCACGGCGCUCGCCGACACACUGGAGCUCAGCGUCGAGUGUCACCCUGUCUGCCAGAGUUUCCCCGUGACCUUUGAGCUGACGCAGCCCAUGAUCGACGCUCUGCACCACGGGGCCGUGUGCGUGCAGGUGUGGAGCACCAGCGAGUACCGGGUGCUGAGCCACACGGACUGCAUCUCCACGCCUGCAGGAUCCCUCCAGUUCCUCCUGCUCCUCUUCCUCCUCCUCCCGCUCGUCGGGGCGGUGCUGCUCGCUGUGCGGUUUGCACGUGGAACGCGGCACAGAGAGACGUCCUACGCACGUGAAGGUGGAUUACCGAUGACGGAAUCGCCGCUCCUCCGCUCUUCGACCGCGACGCCAUCGCCGCCAUCGUCGUUACCACUGUCACCGUCACCUCCACUGUCGUCGCCGCCACCACUACCCUGGCCGCCUCUCCUCAUCGUCCACUCGCACGACCAGGCCAUACUUCACCAGGCCGUGCUGCAGCUGGCGUGGCUGCUGCGCGCUCGCUGCGGCCACGCGCUGCGCGUGGUGCUUGACGCGUGGGAGAGCGUGCGCCUCGCCCAGCUGGGCCCAGCUCGCUGGGUUGCCACCUCCUUGACCUCCGUUGUCUCCUCCACUACCCCCUCCUCCUCAACGUCCUCACCAUCAUCCCCAUCAACAGCAUUCCCAUUUGCAUUAUCCAUAGCAUCCUCAUCCCCCUUAUCUCCGUCGGUGUCAUCGUCGUCAUCUGCUUCCUCUCCGUGGUGGUGGUCGUGGAGGAGGAGAAGGAGGAGCGAGGAGGAGAUGCGCGCCACCGUGCUGGUGAUCUGCUCGCCGGGCACGCGAGGUCGGGGUGCGGGGGCUGAGCCCAGAGGGGACGUGAUGGACGCCACCCUGGAGCUAUUGCUGGGUGCCCCCCACUAUGGUGGGGGGCCACGCGUCCUGGUGGCGUUUCUACGCGGCGCGGGGGGCCCCUGGGACGUGCCCCCCGCGCUGAGGUCGCAGCCCUGCUUCUCGCUCCCGCGCGACCUGGACGCUCUGUGCGCGAGGCUCCUGCGGGGGGCGCCCAGGGGCCAGGGGUUGGGGACUCAGCGGGGAGGGACCUGGGACCCCCGGGAGGACCUGGAAGCCUCGAGGGCCCUGGAGGCCCUGGAGGCGACGCUCUCGGAGCUGGACGACGCGAGGCAGCGCGUGGACCUGCUGGGCGCGGACGAGGAGCGGGAAGGGGUGUGGGGUGGCCCUGCGCCACCACGCUCGCUCGCGUCCAGCGUGACCAACGCGGGACAAGGAGAUGUCACGACGGACAUCUGAUGGCCAGUUGCCCGGACAUUUGGACGAAGAUUUUUUUUUUACUAGAUAAAGGCAAAGGCGCAGCCCCACAAUUUCUCUGUGAUGCCACUGCCGGCAGAAAAGCGUCUACUAGAAGAACUCCAGAGAGUCACUCUAAAAUGUGUUUGGCCUACUCUUCUAAUGCUGCCCAGACGUCCUGGAAGAAAUAGGAGUACCCACAUUUUACCCCACCACACAUGACUGGCUGAAUGGACAGAGGUGAGGAGUGUUAGGGGUGGAGGGGAGGGUGUGAUUUCAGGAAACGUUGCCACCGUUUAGACCACCACAUCUGGAGAUCGCAUCGAACGGGAGAGGACCUCUGCUGGAUUGCAAGCCCAUGGGGCUUCACCAGUGCGGUGGCAUCACGGUGAGACAAACCGAAAUGGCAAAGCACGGCAAUGGGAGGAGGCUUUCAUCCAGCAGUGGAUUGACAAGGGGGCUGUGAAUGGUUAAGUUAUUCACGCGGUGUUUGUGAAAUGUUGUGAAUGGCGCUCGCCGUGAGUGGGGAUGCGCAACACCCGCCCAGUAUUAACUGCAUCGAAGACAUUGGCGAAAACUAAAUUCGUCUCAGUGUUUUCUUUUUUAUAUUUUAGUCGACGAUGACCGUGAGCGGAUGGUGACAACUGGUGCUAAACCACAGAUGAGCGUUUGUGAAUGAGCGGGAUUAGAUGAAAUCGUCGAGUCUGAAUGAAGCAAGGUGCUCAAGAGUAAUAACUAUAUUAGAACUUGAAUAUUGUAAAUUUUAAUCAUUGCCGUUUUCCAAAUGUUUUGUGAGGAAAUGAUAAAAUCAACAGGCAACAAUAUGACGAUAUUCUGACCUAUGCGUGUGUACGAUGGCAAUGUGUUCAGGAGUUAAAUGCCAAUGUCGAGGUCUGCUGACAUCCAUGACGAGAGGGCCUCAGCAGAGCGAGUUUGUGUAGUUUUGCUGUACCACCUCCUCUUCCGUUGAAGGAGCAGACGACAGUGGUUUACGUUACAGUCCAUAGUUUAGAAUGCAUGGCCACAGCUGUAAUCCUGUGGGUUGUGUCUUUAAUGCUACAUUCAUGAAGGAGAUGUGCGCAUUAGCCUGUUGAUGUUCUGACGUGGUUGAUGUUUACAGCGGUAUUUGAGGAAUGUCAAAGCCAGGCAUGCGAUUUUUUGGUCUUGAACGAGGUAUUUCUGGACGUCCGCGUCGUUCCACUCUCUUCGCCGGCGUUCUUCCAGAUCGGGGUGAGGUUCCACAAUGGUGACGGCACAAUCCCAGAUGGGGGAUUGGGACUCGAGUCGACCGAGAGGUUAAUUGUUAAAGUCUUGGGUGAUUAUAGGUGGUUGUUGUUGGCAAUUAAACGUGCAAACUCCUUUGCAAAUAUUGUGUAUCAUCCCAACGCAAAGUACGUAUCAUCUUAAGCGUGGAAUCGUUUUGCAUAUUUAGAAUCUGAAAUAAAAGUGAUGAUGGAGAAACGUG